AUGCAGACUGGAAUAACCUGUGCCAACGCAGUCUUCAAAAUGGCCCUCCCAAAAUUCCUUGUCCUCUGCAUAGAUGACCGCGACAUCCAAACCCUGCACUCAACCCUCUCCAAAUCCUGGCCCGCCCACUCCCACACCCUACAACUUACCACCAUCCACGAAAACCUGCGCAACCUACCCAACUCCACCAAAUUCGACCUAAUAGUCUCGCCCGCAAAUUCCUACGGCAUUUUAGAUGGCGGCUUCGACGACGCCAUAUCCCGCACUUUUUGUCUUCCGCAACACGACUAUAGGGCGCUGACGAAUGUCGCGCAGCAAAAGUUGUAUGAGCAGUGGCAUGGCUUUGCGCCGCCGGGGACGUGUACGUUGGUGAGUAUGCCGAGGGAGUUGAGGGAGACGAAUAGGUGGGGGUGUAAGUUGCUUGCGCUGUGUCCGACGAUGAGGACGCCUAGUGAUGCGCGUUGGGAUAGGGAGGUUGUGUAUGAGUGUAUGUGGAGUCUGAUGUGUGAGGUUGGUCGGUGGAAUAAGAGCGUUAGCUCGAGUUCGACCACGACUGCUAAGGAGAAAAUUGAGACGAUAUUGAUUACGCCGCUGGCUACGGGGACGGGAGGUGUGAGUAGAGAGAAGUGGGCACUACAGUUUGUGCUUGCCUUGAAGCAUUUUGUGGAUGCGCAGGAGAAGCCUGAGAGAUGGGGUAGAUUGAAAUGGGAGGACCUCAAAGAAGCUAAAGAGGUAGAGAGGUCGUGGCAGAUGUGA